CCAAGGAGCCUUUCCUGGCUGUCAGCUGCUCACAGGAUUAGAAGACUGAAACAAUGGAAGAGCUUUCCAUGGCAAACACUGUGUUUGCCCUCAAUAUCCUCAAGCAUAUAGAACAAACAAACUCUGCCCAGAAUAUCUUUUUCUCUCCGUGGAGCAUCUCGUCCACCUUGGCUAUGGUUUUUCUUGGUGCCAGGGGCAACACUGAACACCAGAUGGCCAAAGUGCUGCAAUUUAACAAAGUUAAUGGCAAUGGCAUCACUCAGGGAACCCCAGAGAACGUCAGAGGCUUUGAUUGCACUCAGCAAAUACAGAAGGGAAAUUAUCCUGAUGCUAUUUUACAGGCACAAGCAAGAGAUAAAAUCCAUUCAUCCUUCAACUUGCUCAGCUCGGCAAUCAACACUUGCUCAGGAGAUUACUUACUGGAAAGCGCCAAUAAGCUGUUUGGAGAGAAAUCUGCUAGUUUCAAGGAAGAAUACGUACAACUCUGUAAGAAAUAUUACUCUACAGAACCAGAGGCAGUAGACUUCCUUAAAUAUGCUGAAGAAGCUAGAAAAAAGAUAAAUUCCUGGGUCAAGACCCAAACCAAAGGUGAAAUCUCAAGCCUGUUACCGGAAGGUUCUGUAGAUGAAAACACCAAGAUGGUACUGGUGAAUGCUGUUUACUUCAAAGGAAAGUGGAAAACUCCAUUUGCGAAGAAACUUAAUGAGCGUUAUCCUUUCCGUGUGAACUUGCGUGAGAGCAUACCUGUUCAGAUGAUGCACCUACGUGAAAAGCUGAACAUUGGAUACAUAACGGACCUAAAGACUCAGAUUCUAGAGCUUCCGUAUAUUGGAGACAUCAGUAUGUUCCUGUUGCUUCCUGAUGAGAUUGAGGAUGCGUCCACUGGCUUGGAGUUGCUGGAAAGUGAAAUAAACUUUGAUAAAUUCAACCAAUGGAUGAGCAAAGACACAAUGGCUGAAGACGAUGUUGAGGUCUAUCUCCCGCAGUUCAAGCUAGAGCAACAUUAUGAACUCAAGCCUAUUCUGAGAAGCAUGGGCAUGGAGGAUGCCUUCGAUAAGAGCAAGGCCAACUUCUCAGGAAUGUCCCAGAGGAAUGACCUUUUUCUUUCUGAGGUAUUCCAUCAAGCCACAGUGGAUGUCAAUGAGGAAGGCACUGUAGCAGCUGGUGGCACCGGGGCAGUUAUGACAGGGAGAACUGGUCACGGAGGCCCACAGUUUGUGGCAGAUCAUCCCUUUCUUUUCUUUAUCAUUAACAAAACUACCAAUGCAAUACUAUUUUGUGGUAGAUUCUCCUCACCCUAAAAAGGGAAUACCUUAUUUAUACAUUAUAUUUUUAUAGCACUCACUAUAAGCCACAGAAUUGCUUCUGUAAGUGCCAACUGGACUUUCCUACAUACACGUUUUUGUACUUCUGAUUGAUAUACACUAAAUAUAAACUCAGAAACAAUUGCACAACUCUUAACAAUACUUAUAGAAAGAAGUCUACUAAUUAUUGUUUUCUAAAGCCGUAUAAUAUCUAUUUAGUUCAUCCUCAUUAUUUCUUUGUCUUUAUAGCUUUCGUUUUUUUUACAGUAUUAUUUAUUAUUUAUAUAAUGGUAGUUUUACAAAUGAUUAUCCUCUGUAUUACAAAACUGUAAUACUGAAGAAGCAGGUGACCAGAGAAUUUUUCUAUCUAAAAAAGCAAGCAUUUGAUCUAAUAAUGAAAGAACAAUUAUAUGCUCUCCCAUAAUAAUCAAACAAGCAAAAACACAACAAAAGCAAUAGCAUGUUACAUUUCUAUCACUGUAUGUCACAUGUAUGUUUCUGUAACUCAUGUGUAAUUGGAAAUAUGCAGUAACUUAAGCAAGCUUGCUCACUUACAAGUAUUUGCUGUUCUCUA